AUGGCGACUGUGGCUGUGCUAGGCAGUGAAGAAGGUAAACAAGUGUGAGAGGGAAGGGGAGAGGCAGGGACUCUGGGAGGGGGCGGGCGAGGCAGGGGCCGGCGAAAGCCGGUGCCUGGACGGUGCCGCCGAAAGAGGCCUCGCUCGCUCGCGCAGCCUCAGCCCCGGCAGGCGAGGAAGGGGCCCGGGCGCGAUACCUCGGUCUCGGUGUAACCCCACUUCAGCCCCCCUGUGAGGUUCUCCUCCUCCUCUGUCUUUAUGUCACCCAGAGACCCCCCUCUCCGCAGGUUCAGCGGGAAGAGCUGUGUCUUCAGUGCUGCUGAGAGGUAGGUGAAGCUGCCCGAGGACCAGCCGUCCCCCCCCCCCCCCGUAUGUGUUCAUGAUGUUUGCUGCUCUUUUUCUAGACCCAGUUAGGUCAAAGUCACUCCUGCUCCUCUCCUCCCUGAGAUAUAGUAUUUUCCCUUUUCUUCUGGCUUGCCCUCCACCAUGUUUGGGGCACAUCAGUUGAGGUACUUCAAUACACUUCCCAUCUCCAGCAUUUGAAGGACAGCUGUUUUGGGUGUAGGGCUUUUUUGGGGGGGGGGGAGUAAAGGCAGUGGCUGUGAUGGAACUGGAGGUUUUCAUGGUAGCAUCAUCCUGGUAUCAGAGGUUCAUGGGUUUUUCAGUUGCUAAUUGGAUAGUUGUGUAAUGUCUCUGGGUUUCAGUUGAGCAUCUUGCCCUCUCAGGUGUCUUUGUUUCUCUAAAAGAGGGCGGUAUGAUGAAGCUGUCUUUCCUCUUUCUAAUUCCUCAGAAAAGUCACCCAUGAUGAACAGGGUGGGGAAGAAGAUUGAUAUAUGCCCUGGCCUUUGUGUAUGUGAGCAUGCUAGUGAUGCUUCCAGGAACACAGCGCACUGAAGUCUUCUGUGCUUAAAAUGCACAUGGUAGGGAUAACAGUGUCAUACACUUCUUCUCCAUUAAUCUAUAUCCAUGUUUUGAUCUCUGGUUGCAUGCAGCCCCUCCUUUAAUACUUCACUUUGUGCUCGAGAUAGUAAAGUGUUUGACCAUUUAUCUUAGUAAAUAUUACGUCAUAGUGUUUUCGUUCUGUACCAGGUGUGUCAGAGUCACCAGGGUACACAGUAAUUUGCCACGAUUCUGCACAAUUUUGAUACAUUUGAGGCUUGAUAUGUAAAAAUUUUAUGGGAUUUUAUAGUCUCCAAAAACUAUUUGCCUUCAUCUUUGGUUUCAACACUUUUUUGUAAAAGUUGGAUGGUAUACAAGUGAAGAAAUCUUCAAAUAGUUCUUGAAGAAAAGAAGCACUUUGUUUUGAGAUGGUGUGUGCUUGUUGCAACAAGCACUGCCUUAGAAGAAAUAUUCCUUUUGAGUGUAAGAGAAAGAGCAGUGGUCUUUUUGAGAUAACACUUGCCAUAAGUCAUUUUUUUAACUACUCAUAUUAAAAUAAUUAGCAUGAAUAUAUGUAUUGCUCAGUUACUCAGGAACACCUUAGUCAAUGAAAAGUUCUAAAGUUUAAUAAUAUAAUAAACCAACUAAAUUGUGCGGCCCUGAUUUAAAUGUAGCAGCAAGGUGUCUAGUGCUGCUGAAAGAUAACCUUACAAGCCUUGCUGUAUAAAUAUUAGGUUAAUUUUUUAACUUUGUUCACAGAGUGCCUCUAAAAUAUAGUAGUACAGUACUUUCUGAAACUCAGGCCUCAACUAUCGAAGGCUGUGUUGAAAUUUAAGUGUGGCUCUUACUGGGCAAAAUCUAGCACUGUUUACAGUGUUGAGUCUCUAGCCACAUUACAGUGGUGCCUCGCAAGACGAAAUUAAUUCGUUCCGCGAGUUUUUUCGUCUAGCGAAUUUUUCGUCUUGCGAAGCACGGUUUCCCAUAGGAAUGCAUUGAAAUUCAAUUAAUGCGUUCCUAUGGUCAAAAAAAGUCCAAACAAAGCCAAAUUUGGUACAACAAGAGUUUAUUAACUGCUCUUUAAAGUCACACAUACUUUAAAGAGCAUAUCAAAAAUUGAAGGAACAAUAAAUUAAGUUUCUAAACAUGACAGGAAAACAUUUAAAAAUCAAAAAAGGGUACAUUACAUUUUCUAAGACUCUGGGGGACCACUCGAAGAAGGUUCCUCUUCCACUCUUUGCUUCUUGCUGAGGAACCUGUCCAUGGUCUGCUGCUUCAUCCGCCUUUUCAGCAGCUCCCUGAGAGGCAACAUGACCGUCGUAUCAAAAAUGUUCGCUUGGUCAUGUGCCACGUGCUUGUCAGGGUGGUGCCGCUCUGCAAAGCCUGCACCUCAUUCCACUUCUGGCAAAUGUCCCUCAGUUCUUUGGAGGACAGCCGUUCCUCAGUUGCUUCCUCCUCUUCCAGCGAGGCCUGCUCCUGCGCAACCUCUGCCUGCAGUUCAACCAGCUCCUGGGUGGUCAGCUCGUGGUCGUGCUCCUCCACCAGCUCGCAGACGUCCUCCUCUGUGACCUCCAGGCCCAUGGUCCUCCCCAAGGCAACAAUGUCCUGCACCACUGUCGACUCUGGUGCAUCAGAGUCACUUGGUGCCACACAGUCCGGCCACAGGCUGCGCCAAGCGCAAUUCAAAUUCCUCUGGCUGAUCCCGUUCCAGGCCGUGGUGAUCAUCUUCAAGCAGGUGACGAUGUCGAAGUGGUCCUUCCAGAAUUCCCGCAGGGUGAUGGUGGUGCAAUCAGUCACCUCGAAGCAUCGCCUGAAAAGCUCCUUGGUGUAGAGUUUCUUGAAAUUGGCGAUGACCUGCUGAUCCAUCGGCUGGAGCAGUGGCGUGGUGUUAGGCGGCAGGAACAUGAUGUUGAUGAAGCUGAACUCCUCCAACAAGUCCACCUCAAGGCCUUUAGGAUGAGCAGGAGCAUUGUCCAUCAGAAGCAAAGCCUUCAGCGGCAGGUCGUUGUCCAGCAGGUACUGUUUGACAGCAGGGCCAAAGGCAAGAUUGACCCAGUCCACAAACAGCACACGUGUGACCCAAGCCUUGCUGUUGGAUCGCCACAUGACACUCAGCCGCUCCUUGUCGACCUUGUGUUUCUUGAAGGCCCGUGGGUUCUCCGAGUGUUACACCAGCAGGGGCUUGAUCUUCAGGUCGCCGCUUGCGUUGGCACAGAAGAGCAGGGUCAGACGGUCCUUCAUGGGCUUGUGGCCAGGCAACUUGGCCUCCUCCUGUGUGAGGAAAGUCCUUUUGGGCAUCCUCUUCCAAAACAGCCCGGUCUCGUCGCAGUUGAAGACCUGCUGUGGAACGUAGCCCUCCGUCUUCACAACCUCCAGGAACUCCAAGGCAAAGUCUUCAGCCGCAGGAACAUCAGAACUGGCAGCCUCUCCAUGCCUGACCACGCUGUGGAUUCCGGAUCUUGCCUUGAACCGGUCAAACCAGCCUCUGCUUGCCUUGAAGACUUCUGGCUCGGCCGAGGUUCCUGGCUGUUCCCGGAUGAGGUCUGCGUGCAAGGCCUUGGCCUUUUCACAAAUGACGGCCUCAGUCACUGUGUCCCCUGCACGCUGCUUCUCUUCUAACCAGAUGAGCAGCAACUUCUCGACCUCCUCCAGAACAGCUGGGCGGUUCUUCACGAUCCUGGUGACUCCCUUGGCUGCAUCAGUCGCAAGGAUCUUCUCUCUCAUCUUCAGGAUGGUCCCGAUGGUCGAUGGGUUCCUGCCUUACUCCCUGGCGAGGUCCGUCACACGCAUUCCACCGUCGUGCUUCCGGAUGAUCUCCUUCUUCAUCUCCAGCGUCACCUUCUCCUUCUUCCUCUCGCCGGCCUCCGCAGCAGCAGCCUUCUUGGGUCCCAUGGCAGCACAGCUGUUACCUUUGUAAACUCAGAAAAAGAAAAAAAAAAUCAGCAAUUCAAACCCACAACCAAGUCCUUGAAUUCCAAACACCCAACCCAAAAUCCAAAAACCCCAAAAAAAGUUUUAAAAGUUUAACUUACGAAAUGGCUGCAAAUCACCAAAGUCUUCAAAAUCCUCAAAUGGCUGCAAAAGAAGUUUUGGGAAAGCUUUAAAAAUCACCAAAGUCUUCAAAAACCUCAACUGUUCCCCCCGCCCCGCCCCAACUGUUGCAAACCCCGCCCCCACUGGUGCCCACCCCACCGCAAAUGUUCCCCCAGCCACCCAGCACACAGAAAUUCAAAACCCAGAAAUUUUUUUCAAAAAAAAACAACAUGUCCCAAUGGUUACAGAAAACCAUAAAAAUUCAAAAAAAACCACACAAGCUCCCAGAUUCUUGCAAACACCUCCCCAGCUGUUCCCCCAUCCACCCAGCACACAGAAAUUCAAAAAUUCAAAGCCAGAUUUUUUUUUUAAAAAAAAAUUAACAUGGCCCAAUGGUCACAGAAAAUCAUAAAAAUGCAGAAAAAAACCACACAAGCUCCCAGAUUCUUGCAAACCCCUCCCCAACACCAAGUCCUUGAAUUCUAAACACCCCAACCCAAAAUCCAAAAAAACCCAAAAAAAGUUUCAAAAGUUUAACUUACCAAACAGCUGCAGAAGAAGUUUUGGAAAAGCUUCAAAAAUCCAGCAAACUCUUUAAAAAGCUCAGAAAGGCCACCACACCGCGUGCAAUGUGUUGCUCCUCGAGGUCAAGUCGCAACUGCACCUCUUCCAGCAAUGCACCCUGGGUUUUAACGGUUUUACAAAAAAGGAAACAAACUUGCAAGACAUUUUCGUCUUGCGAAGCAAGCCCAUAGGGACAUUCGUCUUGCGAAGCAACUCGAAAACGAAAAAACCUUUCGUCUUGCGAGUUUUUCGUCUUGCGAGGCGUUCGUCUUGCGGGGCACCACUGUACAAAUUUGCACAAAUACUAAGAUGAAAGUUGAAUACAGUAUAGGAAAUUGUUGAAAUAUGGAAGAAACUCCUAAUUAUGAAAAAAAUUAAAAGUUUAUGGUGCAUAGGAUAAAUCUUUUUGUACAAUAAUUUGUAGAGCCCAUGGGUUUUCAGUUGGCUCUAUUCAGAACUGUGUUGUCUUCUAUUAGUAUCAAUUUAAUGUAGCUUUCAGAGAUACCACCUGUCUGCUUGUUUAUUUAGUUUGAGAUCCUAAUACUGUAACUUUAGUCCUUAAUAAUAUACUAUUAAAUCAGCAAUGUAUAUAUUAUAGUAUCAAAGUAUUGCUCCUUUCAUAGUAGAAGUGUGAAAAUUUGCUCAAAUGUAAAGUUUUGUAGCUGAUCAAAAUAGAAUAUAGGACCAAUCCAAAUCUGUCUUGUUUGGCAGUGAUUGUCAUUUUAAAAAAAUAGUUGUUUCUAGAAGCUUCUUAUGGAAAUCGCAAAAUGUAGACGUGAGAAAUAAAAUGAGCAACCCAAACUUCACCCUUAACUACAAUCUGCUGCUUUUUAUUAUGCAUAUAUUUUGCUUUGUAAAUUGGUUAAAGCUAUAAUUUCAUUAGCGGCAUUUACAUGUACACAGAUAUGUGCUGUGCAAUUAUUUUUUCUGAAACAAGAACAAUUUACUGAACAUUCUGCCUUACAUCUGAUUGUAGGCAAGAAAUGAAGAAUAAUGUAGUGUAGUUUGCAUACCAUGGCAGCUUUGAUUCCAACCCCAUGGUAAUGGAGGUUGAAAUCUUUGUUUAUUUACCAAUGAUUGUUUUCAUACAUGAACAGUCUGGUAGAUGGUAUGAUUUUGCAAGCCAUCUGCCAUUAGUAGAAUGUGUUCAUUAUAUAUUCUGUGAAAUAUCUCUUCAGUCACUGUAUGUGCACUCACUGUUGUGGUUGUACAUCACAGUAUAAUGUACUUCAGUUACCUUAAUGAGUGGCAAUGCUUUGGCCUUCCUUAAUGUCUCAGACUGACAGCUUAAUUAAACAUUUUUGAUCAGAAUCAUUGAGCAUCUAUCAGUGGCGGUGGCAUCUUUUUUAUAGCAUUAUCCUUGACUCCUCUUUUUGGUUGUGUGGAGCAAUAAUACUUGUGUCAAAUUAACUGUUGCCCCUCAGGAGAUGCUUGUUUGUUCCAGAUUGUCUCCGCAAGAAAGGUAAAAAAAAAAGGUGCAUUUCUAACCAUGCCUACUCAGAAGCGGUUUUAGAAACUGAGAUAUGAAAGUUAGGAGCUAAAUGGCACCUUAAACCUAGGUUAUGGGUGCAACAAUGGAAUGUCUAGGCACACUUUUUUAUAACAAGAAUACAAAGCUGAAAAUGAAUAAACUUCAGCUAAAAUAUUAUGUUCAUUUUUCACAUGGUUUAGUCCUUCCCCUGCUCAUCCCUCUAAUAUUCUUAAGAGGGUCUCUUCUCCAGUCUUCAGAGAGUAGCUGGAAGUGAGGAGACAGAAAAGGGUCCUCCUUUCCUUCUACUCUACAGUUUUAAUCUGAAAUCUUUGGUGCAGUACUGCGCCCAGAGCUCAGAAACUGCUGCCGCUAAUGAAAUUCCCUGUUGCAAAAUGUGCAAUGGGAGUUUUGAACACUACUCAGAAGUAAGUCCUAUUGAAUUCAAUGAAUCUUACUCUUAGGUAAAUGGCAUUAGGAUUACUAUCUUAAUCCUACUUUCAUUAACUUUUAAGAAGCUGUAACUUUUAAGAAGCUGUACCUCUUGGUUAGCAGUUGUAUUGAGGGAGUAACUCUGAGUCUCACAUCUGUAUCUUUCUUCACACACAUUCCUCCAGGUUAUUUUUGUGAUUUGCAUCCUAUAUGACAUCAGUUCAACCUGUUGUGGCCUGGUUUAUUCUAUGUAACAAGCAUUCAUACCAAAGGGAAUCAUCAGAACAUCAGAAAUCAUUGUGAUCAAUGUUACAUUUCUGCAGAAAAUGAGACACAUUUAACUAUGAAUAAGUCUUUCGGUAAUCUUCUUUCAACUAGUCAUUGUUCAUCUGAACUUCACUCUUCAUAAUAGCUCUCUGUUCCUUGUGUUUGGAAGCAGCAUCCUUUUCUAAUUCGCCAGAAAGUAGAAAACAGUUAUUCUAGAUUUUAUCAGUCACAUACUGUGACUGGCCAAGAGUCUUGGUUACCUCUUUAUUUACUAAAACAUUUAUCCAAUUCAUCCCAGUAGCCACAUAGAACACUGUAAACUACUGUUUUUCUGAGAAAUUACAUAUAUAAACUCACUAUGCUGUGGUUUUCUCUGUAUUGGGGGUGGGGAAUCUGUAGCCCUCCAGAGGUUGCUGGUCUCCCAACUCCCAAAAUUCCUGGCUGUGUGCCAUGUUGGCUGAUGCUGAUGGGAGUUGUAGUACAAAACAUUCAGAAGGUCACAGUUUCCCUACCCUUACACCAAAUGUAGCUAACAUUGACUUCUAAGUUGUCUGCAAAAGCACAUGAAAGAGCAGGUGUCUAUGCAGAUUCAGAUGCUUAGUUGUCACUUUCACAAAAUUCAUUGUAUGCAAAAUCAAUGAUACAGAAAGAGCAGUGGUAGAAGACUCAGUUUGGGUAAAGGGCAAACAUGCUGAUUCUGUGAAGUGUGAAAUGUCAACCACAUUUUUUGUCGAUUUUCCUGAUGUUCAUUCUUAAGCAGUAGUGCUUCUAGAAUAGUGAGCCCAUUCAGAUUCCUUUUUCAUAAUAUUUGAAUGGUUUACAUCAGUGUAACUAAGUAUCAGUUGAUAUUUCAGGUUAAAUGUUAGGGCCAAAAAGCAUAAAAGCCUUUCUAAAUAAUACCAGUUGCCUAAAUGGCCAUUACAGAAAAUGAUUGCCACAUCCAAAUUACACCAAAUUCUGAUUGGCCCUGUCCUUUUAUAGACAUGACUUACUCUGUAUAUAUGACUUUCAUUUCUUGUUUCUACCCCAAAAUGAGCAGUUUCUCACCUUAACAGAUCAGUUAAUACCUGAUACCUAAUUUUAGUACAAUUUUAGUAUUAUGUGGUGCUGAAGCACAUAUACUAGUACAUAAGAUGCAUGUGCUGCAAAUACAGAAGAUAGUAAAAGGGUAAAAUCGCAUUGCAUAAUAUAGAGAUAGCUAACUUUUGGCCCUCUGUUAGACAGCAUGGCCAAUGGUCAGGGGUGAUAGGAUUGAUAGGAAAGCCAGUAACUUUUGCUGUUACUAAACAUACGUGGCUUAUUGAGAACAGUGAAGACACAAUGGCUGCAUUGACACACUACAAUGAUUAGGCAGAGUUACUGGCCUAUUAUGGUAUAUUAGGAAUGAACAACAAUGUGCUUCUACACUCUGUUGAUGGCUUCCACUUCACUUUUCUCCCAGUGCAAGAAACAAAUUAGAAAGCUGCAGUUAAGCUUGGCCACUGUGAUAGUCACUUGGGAUCAUUGUUUGUUGCUCUCUAUAAAGAGCCAUGAUUGAUAAACCAAUGCAAACCAUGGUUUCAGGCCAGGUUGUAAUUCUGGCAUGUAAAGGAGCAAGAAACCAGGAUUCUGGGUUUGAAUGUCAUGGAAAUUGAGACUUUGUGUCUUGUUUCUUCUGCUCACACUGGAAGUGGUGUGAAGCAGGAAUGAAUGGGUAAUAUGCUCUUUGUUCCCAAUAAAUAAGCUAGCAACCCUGACUUAUUGUGAUAUGCAGACAUUGCUAACAAGCAGUAAACAAAAUUAAGGACAAAGAUUCUAAGAACAACUGUGCUUGAAGGUGGUCAUUGGGGAAUGAUGAUGUAGUCUUACAGAAAUAUUAAGUGGUAUUAUUAUUUUGCUAUAUUACUGUGUUUAACAAUACGAAGGUAAGAACCAGUCCAUGUAAGGUUUUACAACGUAAGUUAUAACUUUCUGAAUUUUAAUUCAAAGGUGCCCGCUUCUGUUUCAAAAAUGUGCUUCUUUACUCCACUGCUUGCCUUUUGAAUUUUUAUUUGAGUAAGUGCUGGCAACCUUGGAAGAACUUUGAGAACUUGCCAACAUUGUUUUAAAAACUCAGUGAAUUUAAGCUUUCUAAAUUGAUUAUUAGCAGUAUUUACUCUCAGUGAUCUGCAUAUGUGUUAAAAGUAGAGGAGUUCUUCCAACAUAUGACAGGUUUAACUUGGUGUUGCAGAACAAAUUAGCAUGCUAAAGAUGUCACUUUUUCUGAUGGGGCCCAUAACAUGUCAUGCUGCUUACAAGAUGGAUUAUCUGCCUGUGCAAAGAUUUUCCAUGGCAGAAUAUACCAUGUCUGUGUACAGGCUGUGCCAUGGAAAUUGCCUGGUUGACAUAUGUUAAAAUCCUGCCGAAGUCCACAUUGCAAAAAGCAUGUAAAUUUCAUUUUUUCGUUCAGGGAGGAGGGGGUCCUGGAAUAGAUUGUCCCUCUCACUUGCUCCACUAGGCAGGCCAAUAUGCAAAUUAGAUCUCACUACCUCAUGUGGGAGGCAACUUUCCGAUUUUCUCCUGCGUAGUUCCACGCAGGUUGGGCGACAGAUGCUUUCUGUCAUGCCAUUACGUUAGGAGAGGUCAUCAUGAAUUCAUUCAAAUUUAGAGCAUAUCUACCAGCCAAAUAUAUAUUUUUUCUACAGCUCAGCUUGCUAGCCUGCUGUUCUUAGCAGAUUCUUUGGCUCGGGAGUUUGGGGGAGCAAGGGUUGUCCAUGGUGGCAUACCUCUUCCCACCCCGAUACAGGCUUGCUUCCUGGAGGCAGAGCUUCCUAGACAUUUAUAAGAAACAAAAAGAAAAUCUUUAGCAAUAAAUUGUUGUGUCCCUUAAAGAACUAUUUUUUUAAAACUAUAUUUUCAAUCCAAAUAGUAGAUAGGUUUUUUUGUUGUUGUGUGUUUUUUGUGAUGUUGCCAUGAAGUGUCUGUUCCAGGUAACGUUGCUGCUUACCAGCUUGUGUUUUUAAGUCACUAUGUGAAAGUUUUUUCUAGGACAUGGGGAGAGAUGCAGUCUGAGUAUAUCACAGCACUUGAGCAAUACGGCUGCUACACCAAAAUGAUCUCCACCAUGGCAAAUUGUCUAUGCCAUGGCAUAGUAUUGUGAAGCUGCAGCAGUCUCAGCUGAGCUUCUGAAUGACACUUUGGAAGCGUAUAGUUCCAUCUGCUUUAGGAUCCUUUCAUUUGUAAGAGCAAGAAUUAUCCUACCUUGCCACUUGCAAAUAGCAAGACUGAUUUUGUCUUCCAAGUUCAAACCUAACACUCUGCCCACUAUGCUAGAUCUCAGCCAAUAUAGGUAAUGCAAGAGUUUGGAGAUAAAAGAGUUUAAAUGUUUACAGUUUUGAAAUUUUGCUGUAAGUAAUUUUCAUGAACAGCUUCUCCCUUCUCCAAAGCAAAAUUUCAUAUAUUGGUUAUUGAUUUUUUUUUUUUUAAAAAAAGGCAAUUAACACUAUUCACAAAGCAUGAUAAACACAAGUUUUAUAUGUUUCUACAUUUUCAUGAAUCUUUAGAAAUCAUAACAUUUCUUUAUUUACAUUUUUCCCCAGGUGAUUCAUGGCAGGGGACGUGGAAGGAUUUAGUUCCUCCAUCCAUGACACCAGCGUCUCUGCUGGGUUCAGAACACUGUAUGAGGAGGGAUUGCUUCUUGACGUCACUCUUGUUAUUGAGGACCACCAGUUUCAGGCUCAUAAGGCAUUGCUUGCCACCCAAAGUGAUUAUUUCAGGAUUAUGUUCACUGCUGAUAUGAGGGAGCGAGAUCAGGACAAAAUCCAUUUGAAAGGCCUAACUGCAACAGGCUUCAGCCAUGUUCUCCAAUUCAUGUACUAUGGAACCAUUGAACUGAGUAUGAGCACUGUUCAUGAAAUCCUGCAAGCUGCCAUGUACGUCCAGCUUAUUGAGGUGGUGAAGUUCUGCUGCUCCUUUCUAUUAGCAAAAAUAUGCUUGGAAAACUGUGCAGAAAUUAUGAGACUUUUAGAUGACUUUGGUGUAAACAUCGAGGGCGUCAGAGAAAAGCUGGAUUCCUUUUUGUUAGAAAACUUUGUGCCUCUCAUGGCCAGACCUGACUUCUUGUCCUAUCUGAGCUUUGAAAAGCUUAUGACUUACUUGGAUAAUGAUCGUCUGAGCAGAUUCCCAGAGAUAGAGCUCUACGAGGCUGUUCAGGCUUGGCUGCGGCAUGAUAGAAGACGCUGGAGGCAUACCGACACCAUCAUUCAGAACAUCAGGUUUUGUUUGAUGACACCAUCCAGUGUAUUUGAAAAGGUUGGUGCGUUUGAAAGCAAUAGAUAGAAUUCAUCUUUACGUUUAGGGCAGCAUGCUGUUAAUAGGUAAAAUUUCCAGAAAUAGGAGGAGGGAAAAAUAAGACACUGUUUUAGAAAAUGGAACAUUGAAGUCGUCAAUGUCUGAAACAAGUGCCAUCUAGCUUUUAGAACAAAACAAAAUGCCCCAAAUGCAAACUAGCAGGAUUUACAGCCAGGAAAAAGGUAGGUUUGCAGCUUUUUCUGAUUGUUAGUGAUAGAGAAAACCUCAUAAACAAGUACAGCAAGGUGAUUGACAAGACUACAUAUAUUGUAACCAGUGAAGCAAAAUAUAUUCCUGCAGCGGGGAGGGGAUCCUCGGAUGGUUGUCCCUCCCACUUGUUCCACAUAUGCAAAUUAGACAAAUUUUACCUCAUGGUAGGAGGGUAUAAUGCCUCCUGUUUCAUUCCUGCCUUGCUGCAGUGCAGGUUGAGUAAUAGUUAUAUGCUGCCGUCCUUAGCUUUGUGAGGAAAGGGUUGACUUUGUUGACCAAUUCCCUGGGGGGGGGGGGGAGAGAAUUGGUCAACAAAGUCCAAUUUACAGAGAAUUCAAUGACAAGAAUGUCUUGAGUCGUCUGUGAGGGCUCACAGCCCCCCCUUUUUUUACUGAUUCCUCAGAAGAAGAGGCCAGAGGAGCAGAAGUUACCCAUGGCGGUGGGCUGUCUCCCUCAGUGUAUGCUCAAGUUUGCUAAGAGUUUCAUCCCAGGAAGCCAGCAGAGGCUGUGGAGGAGGGGAUGGCUGACCUGACGGAAAGGCAGUUAAGAAGGAUGCUGGCCUUGCCCCUGCCUUCCAGUUAGCCACUGAGAGAGCUGAGGUUUUGGAGGGUCUGCAGACACUGAACUUUGUGUCAUCCCCUCAUUUAGUGAUCAACAGCACAGCUCUCAACUCCCAAGUUUUGUUGGUGGAUCUGACAUAUUGUUACAGGGCCUGGGGGUUGGUGUGGGCCCAGUCCCUCAGAUGGCCUUUUUGCACCUGCUCUUUUCCACCAACCAUGGCCUGGAGCCCAGCCCUAAGUCUUACCUCAGGUUUGGGCAGGAGAGAGGGCCUCACAGUGCACAGUGCUCCCUUUAGUGGUAUAUUGGGACUUUAAGAUUCCUCAGUGACGUCUCCUGCAUAGGCUCUUUCCUGCUGUUUUGGGGGCGGAGAGCUAUUCCUCGCCUUCCUCCUCUCCUGGCUGUAGUGUUGCAGCAGCCAUUUCCAAAUCCAAGUUGGGAUCUAACCUUUGCAAGUAUAGGGCCACCUCUGGGCAGCUGGAAGAGGAAAUCUUGGUGCCACUAAAAUGCUGGGCCAGAAGAGAGGGAGCUGAGGCAGUCUAUUCCUCUGCCUCAGCCUCCUAUCAGCAGCCACAGAUUGGUGGUGCCAGGCAGGGGCUGCAGAGCAGGCAACAAGCUUUUGGACUUGUGAUCGGCUGUGGGUGAAUUAGAGGAGGAUGAAGCCGCUGCGUCCGCUAUGGCUUCCAAUAAGGAGGAGGGGGAAUUACCAGCCAGCGUGGAGGAGGAGGCGCUUUCUGCACCUUUGUCUUGCUUGUUUUCUACCAAGGAUUUUGCCCUCUUAAAAAGGCAAGUCAUAUCUUAGAGAUCCCUGCUCCUAAGAACAUGGGGUGGGAGGAGGGAGCCUCUGAAGUGAAACGUAUCCAGCCCUCCUAUCUCAUUUGAUAACAUUUCCAUCUGUUUUCAAGAAGGCUCUGCCAGCUGAAUGGGCCUAAAAGGCUUUAUACCUUUCAGUCUGAUAGUAUGGCUAAACUAAUUCCUCCUCCUGGGUGCCUGUUUAGAUUUGAUGGCACAGAACCAUAAAAUUGUAGAGUUGAAAGAGACCGUAAGAUUGUGCAGUCCAACUAUCUGCAGUGCAGGAAUUCUGCCGACAGCCAUCCCUGGUUGGACUUGAACCACCAACCUUCUGAUUGACAGCCAGGCACACUAACCCAUUGUACCACAGGAGGGCAGCAAGGACAAUGGCAGCCAAGGACACAGAUAAAUUAGCUAGGAACUCAGAUGAUAAGAGAGGACUGAGAUCCUGCUGAGGCGUGCCCAUGAAACUACUACAUUGGAAAUUAGGGUGGCCACAGCCUCACUCUUGAUGGCCAGGUCCUCCCUAAAAUGGGUGAAGACUUCUGGAGGAGGUUCUGGCCAAUAACUCCCACCUUCUCUAGGGAAUUUGAAAGCUAGAGAAGACAGCUGCCUCUAUGGCUGAUGAUGGCCUAGAUGCCAUGUAGUAUGUUGCAAGGGCCAUGUCAGUCAGUGUAGCUAUUAGGAAAUACCUAUGGUUUAAGAUGUGGAACACAGAUUCCAAGUGUAAGGUUAAUCUAGCUACAGGCCCUUUUCUAGGGGGCAGGCUGUUUGGUGACCUCUUGGAGCUCUACUUGGUGGAAACUAAGAAUAAGAAAAAAAGCUGUGGGGUGUCAGUUUGGGUGUAGCUCCUUUCAAUCCUCCAAGGGUGCCUAUGGUUCUAAAGACAACAGAUGCCAGCGGUACUGGUGGGGUGGACAGAUUCUAUCCCAGGCAACAGUAGAACCAGUUCUCCAAUUCCAGAGGCUCUGGACAGAGUCAGCAGGGAGGAAAGAAGGCAACUCAGUCUGGACUCCCUAAGUCAGCUGCAGGAACUUCCAGUUGAGGGUCGUCUGCAGUAGUUCUUCCUUUGUUGAAGAGAGAUGACAAUAGAUCAGAGGGUUCUGCAAACUGUGAGGGAAGGGUAUACUGUAGACUUUGCCUACUUACCUUAUGACCACUUUGUGAUUUCUCCAAGAUCCAAAAAGGAAAAUUACACCAUCUGGUCUUAGCAGCCAUUCAGCACCUGAUAGCCAUCAGUGCUAUAGAGCUCUUGUCCCCAGCAGAGUCCCCUACAGCUGCUACCCCAUAUUUAUUCUUCACAUUCCCAAAGAAGAAGGGAGAUUUCAGGGUCAUACUGGGUUUGAAGAGGGUGAACAGGCACAUCCAGAAAUGCAGGUUCAGAAUGGAAACCCUUCAUACCAUCAUGGAGCAUCUUAUCAGCUAGGGGCUUCCUUGAUAGCAUUUCUAUAUCACACCAAUACCAGUGUGGUCCAGCAAAACUCAAGAGUCUUCUACCUUUCCCAUUGUCAGCCUUUCCAGAAUUGACAGUGAAGAAAGCUACUUGCCCACACAGUUCAGUGUAAAAUGUUUUAUUGCUUCAAGACACAAGACAAUUCAGACAUAGUUAAGAGCUGCUGGUACAUCAUAAACUAUUCUACUAAGUACAGUAACUUGGUCUUAAACUGAAGAGAUCCAAAUAUACAGAGAGGUCCAAGUUUUGGGAGAGUUCCACCACCACCACACACCACAUUGCUGCUGAAUGCAACCUUGGUUUUAUACCUGCUAAUGCACGUUUACACAUUAUUUGAGUCAUGCCAGAGGCCGGUAGCCUUGAGCUGUUUCAAGAGGCCCACCACAGCUGACGUCCUAACCCUUAACAGAAAUCAGUUGCAGAGGAACGGCAACUCAAAACACUGACCAAGCAGUUCGUGCAAUUUCGCAUAUAUUCCCAAAUUACACCAACACCCCUUCUGUUGGGCUGUUGCCUUGAAAUAUUUCAAUUUGUGAUACCUAAUGGAAAAGUUGCAGACUUGUUCUUUUCUGCAGAUACAGGCUUUGUAAAUAUAUCUGCCAGCAUAGACUCUGAAGAACAGUAUUGGAACUUAACUAGACCUUGCUAAAUAUGAUCUUUCACAUGAUUUGGGAUAUCAGUGUGCUUUGUUCUGGGGUUACACCGCUCAGCCUCAGUAGUAGAGGGCCUACUAUUUUCUUGUUCUUCCUCUUGCUUUGAGCAUAGCCAAAGAAUCCGUUUUUAUUAUUUUUACCCUCUCUUACAAGCCUGAUCUCAUUCUAAGCUUUGGCCCACCUGUGUGCUCUUCCUUCAUGAUUUUCUUUCAUUUCUUCAUUUCUUAUACAUGCCCUUAUGAAAUCUCAGCCCAUUUGUAAACUCCUUUGUGUAGUCACACUGUUUUCUUUAGAUGCCUUCCAUCUUUCUUUCUUGUUGGAAUUCUGCAUCCCCCCCCCCCAAUAUUUCACCUUUAAGGAACUCCCAUCCAUCUUUGACUCCCUUCUCUUUGAGUAUGUCUGACGAUGGGAUGUCACCUAGUAAUUCCUUCAGCUUUUUGAAAUCAGCCUUCUUUCUUCUGGAAAGUGCUUUUCCCAGUAGCUAUUACAUCAGCACAUUGAGUGUCACAACUGGGGGAACUCUCAGCAUGUAAGCAACUGUUCUUGUUUCACAAAGAUUCGGUGAUGCAGAAGUUGGUCCCCACGUUUUAACUCAAGUUUUCAAAGGAGCCAGGAUGUCAUCUUACCUUCUUUCUGUCCCCAUCCUAGAUUGGACAAGGAGAGGGAAUGGUGCUCUGGACUUCACAAUGAGCACUGCAUGUCUGUCUAAAGAGAACAAAUCCUGCCUGGCUGACUCCCUGUUCAUCUCCUUCCAGCCACAGACCAUGGGAAAGAAGGUUUCAGCUGCUACACUUUCCAGAUGGCUGACAGGAUGCAUUUCCAAGUGCUAUGUGGUUUCUGAUUCGGCCUUGCUGGCUGGGGUCAUUACUCACUUCACUAGGAGUGCCUCUGCUUCAGCUAUCUUUGACACUUUGGAUAUUUGUAGGGCAGCCACCUACUCUUCUCUGUCUAACUUUGUGAGACAUUACAGGAUCAAUAUCUAUGUAUCUGCCAAAGCUUCUUUCAGUAGGUGUGUAUUACAACAGGUGGUUCCCUAGUUAGGGGUAGGGUCCACAGCUGGCUCCACCUGACGGUAGCUUUGGUGCAUCCCAUCCAAGGAUUCCUUACCCCUGGCAGGAAAUUGUGACACUGGACCUCCAAUGAAGGUCCAUUUUCUGCAGAGGAUGGAGGUGAUCCUACCCACUCUAGGCUAGUUUCGGCUAUUCGUUGCAGCUUGGACAAAUUCGUUUAUAUGCUGGGGUUUUUUAGUAUUCUCAGUUCAGUUCAGUUCAGUUCAGUUUUGUAUUGGGUUUUUUAAUUGGAUGUUCCUCUUCCUUAAGAGUUGCAGUUCUUGCCUUUUGUAUCCAUGGCAUGCAGUGCUUUUGUCUGAGAUUAACAUACUUUCUUCUGAGCUGAGUUACCUUGUCAACUGGAGGUGUUACCCUCUCUCCUUGAGGUAAGAUCUGUCUAAUUUGUAUAUUCCUGCCUGUGGAGCAAAUGGGAGGGAAAACCACCUGAGGAUCCCCUUAAUCCCCUGCAGAAAAUGGACUUUUGGGAGGUCCACAAUUGCACACAAUGACUUCUUUUAUAAAGUGGAAAAUCAGAAAUGCAAAAGUGUAUUAGAAAUAUAGGUGUUACUUGAUUUUAUGUUUUUAAUUCUACCCUUGAUUUUAUAUUGUUAACCCUACCCUUUUCUUUCUUGAUUCCUAUGGAAUCAAUGGAGGAUCUAGGUUGAUGUGCUCCAGAAGUAGAAAUGAGCUCCGUUAUGGCUCUUUAUUUUUUUCAGCUGUUUUCAGCUGUUCCUGGCUGAAGUUUAAGGCAAAUGGAAAAGAGUCUCCUCUUGCUGGGGCCUUUAGUACCAGUUUUCUUUCUGUUCCAUCUCCUCUUUGUUGGAAGAGACAACUCUGAUUAUUAUGGGGCUUAAAGCACUCCUGUAUUUAUUAUCAUUAUUUAUAUUAUUAUCAUUCUAAAAAUAUACAUUUCAAGUGUCAGAAGCCAGGGUACAGAUGCACCUGUUCAGGCUUCUCAGAAAGCUGUAUAAUAAUGGUGCAAGAUGCACCUCUGUGGGAAGGGAGUUCCACAGCUUAGGGGUUGCCGCAGAGAAUGCCCUCUCCUGGGCUACCUUGUCUCUGAGCUUCCGAGGGCAGUGGAACAAUCAAUGAGGCCUCCCCUGCCAACACCCAAGUGUGUCUGUAGAUUAGGAAGUGGUUUUUCAGGUGUUUGGGACCUGAGUUAUUCUAUCGCAGGAAGCUGAAUUCUCAGUCUGCUUGGAAAGUUACUGUAUAAUACUGUUCCCCUUUUAGGUUUGGUCUUCUCCAAUAACAGAGAAGUGGGAGAUGGUAAAUGUCGGUUUAUAAAUGUAUUUACAGUGGUAGCUUGGUUCUCAAACUUAAUCCAUUCCAGAAGUCCGUUCCAAAACCAAAGAGCGCUUUCCCAUAGAAAGUUAUGCAAAAUGGAUUGAUCUGUUUCAGACUUUUAAUAACAAUUCCCAAAACAGCAAUUUAACAUGAAUUUUACUAUCUAACAAGACCAUUGAUCCAUAAAAUGAAAGCAAUGAACAAUGUACUGCAGUCACACAAUCAAUGAGUAGCGGAACUGGGUUCCACACAGUCACACACACAAAAAAGAGCCACAAAAACGCAAAAUAAAUAGCAAAAACAGAUAGACCUCAGUGUAACAUGCCAAACGGAAGUGUGGCACUCAUAUUGGAAGUGUAACACUCAAAACGGAGAACGUUCAACUUCUGAAAAAAGUUCGCAAACCAGAACGGGUUUGCAGUGUUUGGGUUCCAAGUUCUUUGAAACCAAGGCAUUUGAGAACCAAGGUACCACUGUAUAUACUUCCCUCUUGCAGAACAUCAGGGAGGUGCACCAUAUAAAAACAUUUAGAAACCGUACAAAACUCAUUAAAAUGACUGGCUGUUGUGCACUGGAUUGAGGUCUGCAUUCUUUACAGGGGCAAGGUUCCCUGAGGAAUUAAGAGACCUUUGGAGAAGCUGGUUAUUAGGAGAGCAGACUGCAGUUUCAAUCCAUCAGGAACAAAGCUUCUUAUUCAGGAAGACUACCCAAGCAGUGGCAACUUUCCCCUAGGUCUAGAUAUGAUAUUUCAAGAGUUGGGCAAACUUUGAUUCAAGGAAGCCCAUCAGUAUGGGGCAGGAAAAUUGGGGAAACAGAGAAAAGGUUAGGUGGAAUAUCACCUCGACUUUGCAACUGUACAUGGGUGGAAUCCUGGCUGGGAGGAGGGGGAAGAUCUCUUGGUGCCUAACACUAAACAAGGAUCAGCCAAAUUACGAAGUAGAUGGGUUUUUUCUUCUUUAUAUUAAGAAAGCAAAUACAUUUUCAAUAGCAUUUUCCUCUGAUGGCUGUACACAGCCUGUGUUAUCUUGUACACACAGUUCUGUUUAAACAGAAGUUCUAAAGUGUCAGUACCUUUGUGUAACCACUGCACUUGUUAUCACCUGCCACAAGUACAAAACUAUCAUUAGGAAGAUAGGGUUAUAUAAGAUUCUGUAAUAGUGACCCAUCAAGUAAAGCUGUCAUACCAGUUUGGCAUUUUUCUUUGUAUUAGGACUAAAAUAGUUGUUCAAAAGAAUAUGCAAAAUGUUUAAAUCCAUGUACAUUUUGAUACUGAUAUGCAUUAGAAGAAACCUAAUGAUAUGGUUGAUUUUAAAAUUAGGUUUUUAAGUCAGGUGUCCAGCCUUAUACAUUUGUAUUUUCAUGCUAAGCUGCGUUAAAUAAUUUCUUAGGUUUAGACUUAAGUUCUAUGAGCCAAUAGAGUGAAAUAGAAGCCUUUAAAGACUAAACUAAACAACCAAGAACGACACGUAUAUUUUUUAACACUUACCCUAAUGCCACACUUUUGAAAUUUAUUAAAUAAAUGUGUUGUAUUCUGAUUGUUGUGUACUGUAGUCAUUGGUUACAAACAUUUGAUGUAUCUUUAAAACCUUAUUUUGCUUUUCAUACAUUAUUCUCUUUGUGGACUUGCUCACUUUUUAUGUUAGAUGAGUAUAUGUGUGUUUCUCAUCCAUAUUUUCUGUUUCCAUUUAUAUUACAGGCAGUUCACAACUUACAUGUACUUAACUUGUGCACAUUCAGAUUUACACGCUUGACAAAAAAAAGUUAAAAAAUUCAGAAGGGGGUGAGUUUCUGGGGAAAAUUACUUUGGCAAUCCUACUUCGCCAUUGAAUCCAGUGUGUUUUGACUAUACAUGAUUUUGGCUUUACGCAUAACCCCUGUGUAAGUUGAGAGUCACCUGUAUUUAUUAGUCUAGUCUGUAUCCAGAAUAUAGUUGUCUUGGUGUCAGUUCACAGCAUAGUAUCUUAAUGAGAUGCUUCCAGGCCUACAUGUCAUAACCCCUUGUGUCCCUGCCCUAGUUCUGAAAAGAAGAGAGGGACCUUCUUCUCCCAGUGGCCAAGUUUUUUGUCCUUUUUUAUUUCACUGCUGUUCCUCAGCUAGUGAUCUGUUGCUGUCACACACAGUCCCAGCUUCUAGCAACUUUUGGGUAUAGUCUCCAGUCCUUUCUCAAAAUCCAGUUUGCCCUGGCAGUAUCGAGAACUCUCAAGGAAAUGCAAACGCUACAUGAGUGAGGAUUAUUUGAAGGUGGGAUGAAGAGAGAAAGGGCUAGAUGCAAAAGCCUGAAGUUGAUAGAAAUAGGGACCCAGUGUGGCAGUGGUGAUUUUCUAAAAAAGCAAUAUCAAAUAAGUCUAGGCAAAAUCUCGAGCCUGAAUUGCCUUCUCCUGUUUUUUGGUACAGGCAAAGAAGGCAUGAGAUGAAUAGUGUAUGAUUUAAUCCUUGGUAUAUUUCUCUUUUAGAGUUCAGCUUCUAGAAUAAGUAACCUGCUCAAGGAAGAGCAGUAUAUGUAUGGAAGUUACUUCAUAGUUGGGUGUUCCCUGGAAUGAAAAUACGACAUUGUGCAUCCACAAUGCAAAACUGUGUAGUUAUCCAGUCUAUCUUUGUAGUUAUCUCCAUGUAUCACCUAACAGUUAGUCCCUGACAGUGGGUAUAACAGGGUUUCAUAGCAAGUGAGAGGACUUGCUGGAAGUGGGUGUAACUGAAUUCCAAACAACAGGUGUUUCAUAACAAGGCCCAAUCAGUUGAAGCAUUCUUAGGACAACAAUGCAUUGUGGAUUCAUGGACUUCUUCCUUCCUCUCUUGCCAGGGGCGCCGCCUUACCCCCUACAUGGGGGGAGGGCAUCAUGUGAUGCAUCAUGUAACGCGUCCAUGAUGCAACACUGGGCGGGGAGGAGGCGGAGUGCGGCGCUGGGCUCCAAGCUCCACCUCCUCCCCGCGGCAUGCACCCAGCAGGGGCAGGACGUGUAGAGGGUGAUCUUCACCCUUGCUCGUCCCAGCCCUGUCCCGGCUCCCCCGUGUGGGCUGGGGUGCACAAAGGGCAUCUGGCAGCAGUGAGGGGUAUCAAUAUUGGGGCUGGGUCCCCUGAUUCAAAACACUGAGAGGGCUGGAGCCCCCAGUGCCCCAUAUACCAGGCGCCAGUGCCUCUUGCAUGGGUAACCCUCCUUUUCAGUUUCAGAAUGAGCUAUGGUAGCAGCAGACUUGGCACCAAGCCACUGUUUGCAAACCUGCUUCUAACCAGAGUGUCAGGUUGAGUUUUUGUUUAAACUAUAAUAAGGAAAACGUAGGUCUACUUGUAGUACUCAAUUUAGUUAGUCCCCAUACUGAAAGAACAGGAGAAAUGCCAACGGGAGAGAUGAAGCACUACAGGUCUCAAUUAAGGUGAAAUUGGCUUGUGUUACAUCUGCACCAAGUCUGUGCCAGUUAUUUACUCAGAAGAUGUAUAUGCACAGAUCUUCAGCUUGGCCUGUUCUUGUGUUUUAAGGACUGUGAAUCAGAAUAGCUGUCAGUCACAGAAGUCAGCCAAUUAGUGAAACAACAAAUGCAGGGAUAGGAGAUAGAUUGAAAGUUUUGGAAUGGUAUUUAUUGACAAGGAAGGGGUGAUAUUCAGUUAAGUUUUAAUGCAAUUAAUGGACCUAACUUAGUAAUGCUUAUUAAUUUUAAUGGGCCAACACUGAGUAAAAUUUAGCUGAAUACCAAACUGCUGUCUUCAAUGUAAUAGAAGGAGAGGGUAGUGAAGGAAUCCUCAGGGUGGCUAACCUGUGGCCCGAAAUAUGUUUCUGAGGGUUAUGAGUGAACAAGCCUAGACUAGUAAUAGCCUUUGCUAACAAAUGGCAAUUAAGAUAUGAGGUAGAAAAGACUUUUGUCCUAAGAGAAGCCUGUCAUGUUGAAAACAAAUUCAACCAGGUUGAAAAUGAGGAUUCAUAGCUGACUUUCAUUUUACUGAUAGCAAAGGGAGACUUCUCCAAAUUUUAUACUUCCAGAAGUAUUAGAUUUCAUGAGGAAGUUGUUAUUUUGUAGCCUGUGGGAGCAAGUUGUCUUGGAAUGCAAAUGUUCUUUAAUGUGAGUUACAGCUUGUGGAGUGGGAUGGUGUAAGUUCUGCCAAAUUUAUGUGAAUGUUGACUAAUCUUCAUGUUACUUGCACUGCCAGUCAUUAUUCAGUUGCAAAGGAUGAAGAUUUGAGGAUCUAUAUUCAACUUUUUAGUUGCUUUAUCCGAAAUGUGUGCUGCUGUGUGUGUUUACAUGUCCUCUAUUGUGGUAACUUUUCGUCUUUUGUUAUGUUUUCCAUGCAACUUUGACAAACUAAAAAUUGGAUAUAUUAGUAAACUAAUAAAAUCAAGAAAAUGCACUUUGUCCAACCAGAUGCCUCUAGGAAGUAGAACUUGCUGUUGCUCCUAGCAAACUAGUUGGCAUACAGUGCUCAAUAUAUAGCCAUCAUGACUUUUAGCCACUAAAUAUUUUUUCUAAUCUUUUAAUGACUACUGGCAUACAUUGUGACAGUGAAUUUCAUAAGUUAGUUAUGUGUCAUGUGAAGUACUACCUUUUGUCUGUCCUGAGUCUCCUACCAAUUCCAUUCUAGUAUUAUGAAGGAGAAAAAUUCAUUCCGCAAAGUUUUUUGGAAGCAAUUUCAAGAGUGUGUGUGCUAAAUUCCACUGUAAAAAUCAAAUGCACUCUAGAAACUUUCAUAAUGCAAUAAACCUAGCUGAUCAGAUUACUCUAGUUUUCUGAUUUGGUUUUUAACAAGGAAAAAAAAGUAAAGCAUUUCAAAUGUUUCUGUGAGGAUUUGUAUUUGCAGUAUUUAGUACACGUUCGUAACCCUAUCGAUAAACCCAAUGUACAUUUUUUCUUAGUGUAAUGACUGUCUUGUGUUCACAGCCAAUCUUCUGUUCACAGGUCAUUCAUUGUACCACUAAAAUUGAAACAAAAAUACUAUCUAUUUACUAUGGCUUCAUUUGAUGUUGCAGGAAAAUAAAGUACUUCUAACAUUGAUUUCCAAACACGUGAAUAUAUAGUAUUCCAUUGUAUAUGUAUUUAAAAUUGAGAGAAAGCGGGGCUAGUGUUUGGUCACAAAGGUUUAAAAUGUGGUCAUUGUUAGAGCAUGUUUUUAUCUUGAUGCCUCUUUGUAUAUGACUGAAAUGCACAUAGCUCUAAAUGGUUUGGUAGCUUGAUUCUUUGGUUAAGAUCAGUAUGACUGUGGUUGUUAAUGCAUAACUUCCUUGAGUGCAAGAUCGCAGCAUCCAUGAGGCAGCUGUGAAAGGUCACUUAAGGAUGAUCUUAUCUCACUUGCAUGUUAUUUGUUAGAUAACAGAAUCUAAAGCCCCUUACAAGCAGCAAAUAAAGUCUUUCUUGUGAAAGUCUGUUCUGCAGCAGCAAGGUAAAAGCUCUUGGUGUAAAUAUGUAGCCUUGCUGUUAAACUUAUCAAAAGUUUUCUAUAGGUCUUGGAAGGUAAAACCAACAGUUUUCCUCCUGUCUUAAAGCAGUCAGCUGUGUGACCAAAGCUUGUUGGGCUCAAUGAACAUCAGAACCUGUGGCAACCACUAGGUAUAUGCUUGCUGAUUUGUUUGCAAGAGUGACAAAAGCCCACUGUGAAAUGCAUGGGCUUGCUGGCACGUCACCAGGAAUUAACUGAAAGAGCUAUUUAGCAUUUGAUGGCCUUUAAGGACUUUAGUAAGCAUUAGAGCACUAGGAAGGUAGUGGAAUUCCUUGAAGCAGUUCUCAACCUUGGGUCCCCAGAUGUUGUUGGACUACAACUCCCAUCAUCCCUGAGCUCUGGCCUUGCUAGCUAGGGGUGAUGGGAGUUGUAGUUCAACAACAUCUGGGGACCCACAGGUUGAGAAAGGCUGCAAGAGGCUAACCUAACCUGAAUUGGGUUCUAAGCAUUUAAAAACUGCCAUGGAAAAAAGCAAGAUCUAUUUAAUCGUUUUUGCCAGACAUCUCAAGGUAAUAGUUAAAAUGUUUUAUGGGAAGAAUCACUCAGAUGCAAAAAAGAAAAAAAUAUUUCAUUAGUUAUGAGUCUUGUUGAACAUAAGCAGGGCAGUUAGAUAGAAAAGUGACAGAAUAAGAGGUGCAGUUUGUCAGAAGGUUCAGCAGCCUCUGCUGGACUUAUGGGACUUAUUGCUGUGAUUAGGUCAUGUUUUCCCCCUCAUGAUUCAAUUGUGUAAAAUUAGGCAGCAUAGAUUUCUUCCUCAUACUGUUUUCCUUGGUCAAUACACACGUGUGUUUUGCUCUGUCCUUAGGUGAAAACAUCGGAAUUUUAUCGUUAUUCCCGGCAGUUGCGGCAUGAGGUGGAGCAAGCUAUGAAUUACUUCCAUAGUGUGCACCAGCAGCCUUUGAUGGAAAUGAAAUCAAAUCGCAUCCGUUCUGCCAAACCCCAGACUGCAGUGUUUAGAGGAAUGAUAGGACACAGCAUGGUAAAUAGUAAAAUCCUCCUUCUGCACAAACCAAGGGUCUGGUGGGAGUUGGAAGGUCCACAAGUACCGUUACGACCAGACUGCCUUGCUAUUGUUAAUAAUUUUGUAUUCUUAUUGGGUGGGGAAGAGUUGGGGCCAGAUGGUGAAUUUCAUGCUUCCUCCAAAGUGUUCAGAUAUGAUCCAAGACAAAAUUCUUGGUUACGAAUGGCAGAUAUGUCUGUACCACGCUCAGAAUUUGCUGUUGGUGUUAUUGGAAGAUAUAUCUAUGCAGUGGCCGGAAGGACAAGAGAUGAGACAUUUUAUUCAACAGAGCGAUACGAUAUCACAGAAGAUAAGUGGGAAUUUGUGGAUCCCUAUCCAGUCAAUAAAUAUGGACAUGAAGGAACUGUUCUUGGUAACAAGCUGUACAUCACAGGCGGAAUCACAUCCUCGUCCACAUCUAAGCAGGUGUGUGUAUUUGAUCCCAGUAAAGAAGGGACUGUGGAGCAGCGAACAAGGAGGACUCAAGUGGUCACUAAUUGUUGGGAAAACAAAUGCAAAAUGAAUUAUGCAAGAUGCUUUCACAAGAUGCUUUCUUACAAUGGCAAGCUUUAUGUUUUUGGAGGCGUCUGUGUAAUUCUGAGGGCCUCUUUUGAGUCUCAAGGGUGCCCUUCUACAGAGGUUUAUGACCCAGACACUGAUCAGUGGACUAUUUUGGCUUCUAUGCCAAUUGGUAGAAGUGGUCAUGGUGUAGCUGUGUUGGAAAAACAGAUAAUGGUUCUUGGGGGCCUGUGUUAUAAUGGUCACUACAGUGAUUCCAUUCUCACUUUUGAUCCUGAAGAUAAUAAAUGGAAAGAAGACGAAUACCCAAGAAUGCCCUGCAAGCUAGAUGGCUUACAAGUUUGUAGCCUACACUUUCCUGAGUAUGUGCUGGAACAUGUUAGACGUUGCAGCUAAAGUUUAAAGAAACAAAACAAAACUAUUUAUAAUUUGGUGGGAUGGAGGGCUGGGGUAAGGGAAAGCAGAUUUAAGCCCACUGAAAACAGUGUCUUGUGUAAUAUGCCACUUAAAUUAAUAAAGAGAUAAAAGAAGUGUACAGGGAAUGCAUCUACCAAGUUUAUUAGGAAUGCUAAUACCUGUGGUUUCAUACUGAUUUUAUUUUUUACAUGCUAUUACUGUGUUUUGAGAGGGGAAAGCGUUCUUCCAUUUCAUGUGUUUUAACCCCAUAUACUAUGUCCAUUCUGUAUGAGUGAAGACAACACAUGCUUCAGGAUGCACUAGAAUACACUCUGUUUGCAAGGUGGGUCAAAAGCAUUUAUGUAUUGUGCAUUUUUAUUUUUUAAACUGUCAGGAUAAAAUUCAGCAGCCUUACUAGAACAGAGCCUGAUUUCCAAUGUAGCAGUGAAAGGGGCCUUUAAAUUUGUUCCUGUAAUUACUUGUUGUUUAAAUGUUAUUUUUAUUUCCAUUUAUUACUCCUCCCAAUCAGGUUUGACACUCCUCAUUUUGAUAUCAGUGACAAUUUAAAAUGGUUUUCUAUUUAUUUUUCUAUUCAAUUUAUUUUAAUGUACAGUAGUUCCAGUAAGUCUGCUGAAAAAAUAGGUUUUUGAAAAAAAGAACACUGAAGAUUUUCUACUAAAAUAAAUUCUAGGCUGCAUUUGUCUGCGUUGUGGUUUGUGAAUAAAAUAUAUCUCUAUAUAUAUACAUACAUGCAUACACUGUAAGAUCAAAAUGAAAUGCAUAUUUUUAUGUGCAGCUGCAAGAGUCUAUUUUUAACUAGUGGACAGAUAUGAGCUAUAUCUGUUUAAUUUUAGCUCUUAAUAGCACCCUUUCAUGUAUUUAAAUUUGUUGGGUAACUGGAGGCCUCGUUCUUAUCAAUGUAAACUUAUAUUUGGUAUAUACUGAUUGAUUCAGUAACACUUGAACUCCUUUAUAACCAGGUGAUAAAAAUGUCGAAGCUACCAUUUUUGUUGUUUAUAAAGUCAGAUCCCAACCCAUAGUCUUCAGUACUUGAUUCUAGAAAUACAAAUCAGAAAUGUUUAUAACAAUCACUGCCUCUGCUGUUCUUGAAGGAUAGUAGAGAUUUUUAGUUGGUGUUUAUCGCAGAAGCAUUGCAGCUGUACAGUUCUUUGCACUGAUUGAGCUGCUGGGCUCAAAAGAUGCCGAGUUAGGCAAACUUCUAUUUUUAAAGCAAAUUUAGAAAAUAACCACUGGCUCCACAGUAUACUUGUAUGGAGGUCUGAGGAUGCUGAGCAAUUGUAUCUUGUUGAGGUCACUUUCUUAACUAUUAGACAACUAUCUGCAUAUGAGUGAUAAUAUCACCAAAAAUAAACCUGAACAGAGUUCUGAGCUGAAAUACUCAAGUUCCAGUAGCUGCCUGUGGAAUAUGGAGGUGAGUCAAUCUUGCCUGGGCAAUGUAAGGUUCACUGAUGCUUGGCAAACUGCUAAAAUGUGGCUUCAGAAGAAAUGCAAGUGCAACUGUUUGUAUAAAACAUGGAUGAAUUACCGUAUUUUUUGCUCUAUAAGACUCACUUUUUCCCUCCUAGAAAGUAAGGAGAAAUGUGUAUGCGUCUUAUGGAGCGAAUGCAGGCUGCGCAGCUAUCCCAGAAGCCAGAACAGCAAGAGGGAUCGCUGCUUUCGCUGCGCAGCGAUCUCUCUUGCUGUUCUGGCUUAUGAGAUUCAGAAUAUUUUUUUUCUUGUUUUCCUCCUCCAAAAACUAGGUGCGUCUUGUGGUCUGGUGCAUCUUAAUAGAGCGAAAAAUACGGUAACUGUACCAUUUUGUUCCAGCAUCAUGAACUGGAAAUCACUGUAGAACAUGUAGUUCAUUUCGUAUUCUAGGAGUUGAAGCUUAUGCAUUCUAGAAACCUCUACAACGGACACAUUUGACUGUGUCUUGUUUCAGCUCCUGGAUUACACAGGCCCCAAAGUGGUGUUACUAUUCUGCAUCAAACAUGUAAACGUCUACCCAAAAAUGCUUUAACAUUUUUCUGUCUUUUUUCCUGACACAUGGAUCAAGAUCUAAGCUGCACAAUCUCACAUGAUGUGUCUCCCUGUGCAUACAAAACAAGCACAUACGGGAAGAAGUUAUAGCCCAACCCUUCUCUCCUAAACACCCCCUCCCCAUAUAAGCCAUGGCCUCACAUGUAUUCUUCACCUAUCAUCUUUAGCAUGACCAGUGAAAUCAAAAGCUUUCACUUCUGGUUUUAAAUGAACCCAAGUUCCUCAGUGAACUUGGGGAAAAUCUGAUUUGCUUGAUCUAUGGUUUGUUCAAUGAAGCCAAGAUCAACCCAUGUUUAUAAUCCUUAAAAAAAAAUACCAGUGUUCCUGGAACAGAGAACUAAUACCUUUAAAAUAUGUUUCAAUUGAAGGGCGUUCAAGGCUCACUGCUGCUCAUGCAUGCAACACUAAACAGUGAUUUAGCAUUAUGUGUAACAUGGGCCAAAAUAUCUCUGCCCAUGCAAAGGUAAACACAGGCACUUUGUUGUGAGAGUGUUUUCAAACACACAAUCGUGUAUAAUGAAACUGAUUAUACCAUGUGCUCUGCUGUGCAUCUGAAUCAGCCUGGGCGUCAAAUAAGCUUUUAAAAAAUGAUUUACGCGGGUUUCUCAGCCUUUGACGAAGACCAAAUGUGCAGAUUUAGAAGUCAUUGCUUUGCAUAUGUGCCGCUUCUCAGCUUCUGACUUGAACUAGGUAUUUGGUUUUCAUUGUUGCUUUUAGCAUAAAAGGAAGUUAGGUCUGAAAUGAUUCACCAGAUGUAAAGUAUUGGAGAAUUAAUUACGGCAAGCCAAGAAUGGAAUAAGACAACACUGUGUAAAAAUAUUUUAACCUGUUUAGAAAUCUCUAGUGCUUGUGGUUAUCAACCCUUUAUUCUUCAUUCCAUCCCAAUGCAUCUGUUUAAGAAGCCCAAUUCCGUACAUGUUUUAUUGGAAGCCCUAAUGAAUUGGGACUUAACCUCAGUCUCAUGAAAUUGCAGCCUUAUUUUAUUCAGUUCCUAUCUUGUUUACACUGGAUUUGUUUAAUUGUAUAUGUAUGUUUUUAUUAUCAUCGCCCCAUGUACCAGGUUUGAAAAACCAAAACCAAGCAUCUAGCAGUUUCAAAUCUAAAGGAUGGUAUUCUUUUCUCUUGUAUAAGGUUAAGAAAUAUUUGUCAACUUGGAGUGUGUGUCAGUGAUAUUUAGCCUAAUAUCUUGACUUUGCCUAUGAUGCCAGAAACAAAUAGUAUGUUCUUAGAACUUCUGUGCAUUACUUGAGUUUGUUUGCUUAAUAUAAGAGAAAAGAAUGCACCAAAAUUCUAGUUCUGUGGCAUCAGGUACUUGCAUCUUUUUCCUUUGAUUCCCAACACAUUUCCUAUUAUGGACUACAAUUUGUCAAGUACUAGGCAGACUAGUCUAGGCUCAUAAAAAAAGGCUCAAUACUUUGUUUAAGCCCAAUGGUUUUCAUUUGUACUGGUGCUUCAGCUACCUGUUUAACUGGUGCCAAAACAAGGGGCAUGAAACAUAAAAACUCCAUGCAGGCAGUAACCACAAUCCAACACAUACUUAAGCCCUCAGGUUCUGAAAGGAAUUUGUUUAACAUGAGCUUAAGUAUACUGCAUUAUACAGUCGUACCUUGGUUUUUGAACAACUUGGAACUUGAAUGCCGCAAACCUGGAAGUAGGUGUUCCAGUUUGUGAACUUUGCCUCGGAAGCCAAACAUCAGCUUCCGUGGCUUCUGAUUGGCUGCAGGAUACUCCUGCAGCCAAUCAGAAGUUGCUCCUUGGUUUCUGAACAUUUCAGAAGUCGAACUGACUUCUGGAACGCAUUCUGUUUGAAAACCAAGGUACGACUGUAAAGAUAUAUGGCCCAUAUGUUUCAGUAGAAAGGGGGGCAUGUGGGGUACAUCAACUGUAGGGAAACAAUACUGGGAAAGAAGUGGCUGCUCUCAAUGCUUUUUAAGGGACCAGUGGCUCUCCAAGGAGUUUACAGAUGUUUUAUACUAAUGGAAAAGUUGACUCUAGCAUUUUAGCAGCAAAAGCCAACCAUUUAAUAGAUGAAAAGGUUUGCAAUCAUAAUUUGAGCCUAGAUAAAGCAGCGUUUGUGUUAACACAACUUUCCCCCCAAGCAUGGUAGCUGAGAAAAAGGAUAAAGCUAGAAUUGGAAGGUUAUAGCAUACAUAAAACUAGACUUAUUUAGUAUGAUGCUGCUUAAGCCAUUAGUCACUGCUAGAAACUAAGUCAUUUAGAAACCAUGUGGAUGGGGUCCAACUUAAAAAACAAUAAUUAGGAUGAUACUGUAGAACUCCAUCAUUGUUAAGUCUUUUUGCUUGUUUCAUAACAGUUAAAGGGAGAAAUACUUUCUUUUUAUUAAAUCCUGGUCACAGAACUUGCUAAUGUUCAGAGUACUUUUAUUCUGGAGAGAACAAACAUUGUGAAUUCUGAACUGGAGAAUGGGCAGUGUAGCAUCAAGAUUGCCCAUACAAGGUGUAAACUGUAAAAGCCAAUUAAGGGUGAGCUUAUGUCUCUGUAAAACAAUGUGUACUGUAUCAUUAAAAUGAUAGGAACUGAAAAUCUUAGUUUUCGUAUAGUGUGAUCUCUUAUCAGUGGCAGUUUUUGUUCCAAAUAGUGUAGCAAAGAGAAAAGCAGACAGAAAUCUGGAUUAAUAAUUCUGGAUUGCUUUGGUGGACUUUUCAAAACUAUAGUAUUGAGAUAGGAUCAGGAUUCCAGUUAUAAUCUCAUAUAACUGGUAAUUUUACUAUUAAUAUUAAUGCCAUUGGAAGCCUGGAAAAGAGUACUAGUGUAAAGCAAACUACGGGUCUGCAAAUGUUGUUGAAGCACAACUCCCACAAACCCUGAUCAUUAAAAUAUGAUGGCUGGGGCUGAUGGAGAUUGGGCAUCUUAACAGCAUGUGGAGAUCCACAGGUUUUCUGCAUUCCUGGUGAAAAGGUUACCGGGCUGCAGUGGCAUAAUCCCUAUAUGGCAUAAAUUCUACUGUUGCUUUACUGUUGUUCUGAAUGAGUUGGCAGAGGUUUCAUGAACAACGGUCUUGACAAGUUAACUUGGAAAGCUAUCUUCUGACUGUGCUGAAUCAAAUGGAAGUACUUUGUUCAAACAUAUACACAAACUCAAAUGUGCGUGUUGGGGUACUUUUUCCAGGAACGUUCCCAGAGCUGCUAUGAAAUUCUGUGAUCUGUCCUUUUUAACUUUCUAAAAACAUUUUUUCUUCCCACCUGUUUCCAAACAUUAACUUCUCUCAUGCUGUGAAUGCAUUAUGUUCAGUGAUGCAUAUGUACUCUAUUCUGUUUUUAAACUAAUGUGUAAAAAUUGUAUAUAUAAAAAUGUAAAUAAAAUAUUUUUAAUCUUUAGGGUACUUUGUCCAUUGUUCUUCUUUUCUAUGGGUCAAGCAUGUUGACCUAACUCAAAAAUUACUGUUUAUUUAAAACAUUCAGCCCAAUUGAUAAGCAAGCACAAAUGACUAUGUUAAAAUGGACACUAGAUUAACAUUGCAAUAUACCAGGCAAUAUCCUGCUGUGUCGUGCUCAGUGUAGACCCCUUGAAAUAAAUACUUAUCUUGCAAAAUGGAUCUACCCUGAAUAUGACUUAAAAUGGAGAUCAUAUACCAACUUUCUCUCUUGGUGCCCCCUUAGCUGUAAUUCAGAAAGGGAAACUAUUACUCUCUUUUCAAAGUUGUUCAUGUGGGUUCUAAGGAUAAAUAACUCUGCUUCUCUCCCUAUAGGUCAUGUUUCCUUCCCUCUUAUCUGCUAAUGAUACUACCAUCGUUACUUUAGCACAAUAAAUUGCUGCACCAUGAAUUUCCUAAAGCCAGACAGUAAUUAUUCACAUGCUAUUCAUGUUCUUCAUGUCUGCAGCAUGAUAGGAGAAAAUUACACACAUCAGGACAAAUUAUCUAUUUUCUACAAUUCUGUGAUUCAAACAGAAGAAAUGGAAGGGAACAUAAGUUUUAUCAUGGGUUAGUCUCCCCCAAUAUCUUCCACUCGUAGGGAUCUGGCCCAGUUGUAUAGCUUCACUGCCUCGUGCUCCCAGUCUUCAUCUGACAAAUGACUUUCAUGGCUUGACUCUUCAGUGACUGUGGAGUCUGAAUGAUCACUUAACAACGAUGAAGUUCUCAGCAUCUGCUCCAAAAUAACAAAGUACAGAUUAUUCUAAGAAGAAAUCACAGCUUAGUUGUUUAGCCUCAUACUCCUAAACAGAAUCCAUUGUAUAUGUUGUAAGGUGGAAUUCAGUUUGGGAUAAGGGUGAUCAUUCCAUCAGUGCAAGAAUAUUUGCUUUCCAGAUGGAACCAUCUCCCUCCUCCCCUGUGCACUGUUCACAGAGCCAAUUUGGGGGAAGUCAUAGGGGCACACAAAGGGGUGGAACCCUGUUGCACUAGCAGUUUUUGUUCAUUUAGUUGAACCCACCCAUAAUAACAAACAAACAGACAAACAAACAAACAAACAAACAAACAAACAUAAGACAGUCUUGGAUUGACACUUGAGCAGUGUCUGCACUAAUCUUCCUUCCUAGGCUAUGUUGCAGCAACCAGGAUGGUGUCCUUCAAUAGGGGCCCUAUUGCAGGUUUUGUUGCAGAAUGUAACUUACUAAAACAGAGCUUAUUUUCUAAACCACUGAGCCUCUUGGGCUUGCCAAUCAGAAGGUCAGCGGUUUGAAUCCCCGCAACGGGGUGAGCUCCCAUUGCUCUGUCCCAGCUCCUGCCAACCUAGCAGUUUGAAUGCAUGCCAGUGCAAGGAGAUCAAUAGGUACCGCUACGGUAGGAAAGUAAACGGCAUUUCCAUGCACUCUAGUUUCCGUCACAGUGUUCUGUUGCACCAGAAGCAGUUUAGUCCUCCUGGCCACAUGACCCAGAAAGCUGUCUGUGGACAAAUGCCGGCUCCCUCGGCCUGAAAGCGAGAUGAGCACCGCAACCUCAUAGUCGUCUUUGACUGGACUUAACUGUCCAGGGGUCCUUUUGCGUUGCCACUUAGUUAGAAGUAGAUCUCAAACACCGGGUGUUUCUUUAGAAGGUCUAUUACAAUUAAGGACUGCAGCCAACCCCUUGAGAUCUAGCAAGUGAGGUUGCUUACUAACACGUUAAUUCCUGCAUUUUUUGCAUGCCAAAGCUACAAAUGUGUUGUUUUAAAAUUAUGGAGAUGGAUUUCUAAUAUGUCUAAAUGCCUUUUAAUAAAAUUAAAACAAAAUAAAAAUGAUAGGAUCAGUAAAAUACAAACUUUUUUGGGGCUGUUUAUUUGGUGAGUUACACAAAUGUUCCUCAGCAUAGGUGAUCAAGAACAAUUACCGUAUUUUUCGCUCUAUAAGAUGCACCAGACCACAAGACGCACCUUGGUUUUGGAGGAGGAAAACAAGAAAAAAAAUAUUCUGAAUCUCAGAAGCCAGAAGAGCAAGAGGGAUCGCUGCGCAGUGAAAGCAGCAACCCCCUCUUGCUGUUCUGGCUUCUGUGAUAGCUGCGCAGCCUGCAUUCGCUCCAUAAGACGCACACACAUUUCACCUUACUUUUCAGGAGGGAAAAAGUGAGUCUUAUAGAGCAAAAAAUACGGUAGUUAGACAUAGUGUUAUGCUGUUGUCCUCACUUUUCUGAUGGCUUUUAUGUAGAACAAGUAGAGUUACCCCGGUCAUAAUCUUAGAACUGUCUUAUUAAGUUCAUCCCAAGGGGGAGUGGGAACAAUAAAAGCUCUUUAAGACAGACUAGUAAAAUCUUAGCUGUGAGAUUUAUCAGCAUUUGAUCAGAAAAUUUCUUUUUCUUUUAACAUGCUCACCUCUCUUUGUUUCUCAAGGCUAUAAGCCUUCCUCAUUUUUGCAUUCUUCUUCUGAGCUUGGUAAGAGCGACGCCCAGUUCUAGGUGCUGAUUUUCUACUCAGUUUUGAGAAGACUGCAGUUGUGGGAAUUUGUGGUGGAGUUCUGGGGGGAAAACAAUGUUUUAAACAAUUUCCCCACACAAUUGUACAGAAUUAAAAUGUUAUCAGCAUUCACUAUAGAAUAAGGAAAUUCCUACUUUACAGUGUAAUCCUCGGCAUGCCUAUUCAACAAACCGCCCCCAAGUUAAUCUAGAUUUAGUCCCAAUUAAGUGUGCAUAGGACUACAACUUUAAAAAUGUUUUAAUGGGUGCAGCAUUAGGUUUCACCAGUAUGAAUGAGUGGUCAUAACUGCACUGUAAUGCUUGCACAUUUGUUGUCAGUAUUAAACGAAUAUAUUUUCCACUGACACAAUGAAACAUUUAAAUCAACAAAACCAAAGCAAUAUGAAAAUACACUUCUGUAUCAUAUUAUCAAAAUACUGAAACUAUCGCAAAUAUCUUUUACAUUGAAAUCAUGUUAAAAAAUAAAUUAAUGGGAGCUGAGCCAUUUAGCAUUACAUGGAAAGCCCUUUAAAUACAUAGCUGCUAUAAAACUAAACAUGAUAUGUAAUUGUUUAGAUCAUAAUAUAUAAUAAAAUAAAAUAAUGUAUAAACUAAGAGCUGUAAGUGGACAGCUGAGGCCAGAGCAAUGCUUAUCUAUAUCCAGAAGGGGGAACACCUGCCUUCAAAUAAACAUUCCAUUCCAUAUCAGUCAUGGACAUUGUCUUUACAGUGGUACCUCUGGAUGCGAAUGGGAUCCGUUCCGGAGCCCCGUUUGCAUCCUUAGCAGAAUGCAACCCGUGUCUGUGCAUGUGCGGGUCGUGAUUUGCCGCUUCUGCGCAUGCGUGUGACAUCAUUUUGAGUGUAUGCGCAUGUGUGAGCGGUGAAACCCGGAGGUAACCCGUUCAGUUACUUCCGGGUCGCCGUGGAAUGCAACCUGAAAACGCUCAACCUGAAGCAUACUUAACCCGAGGUAUGACUGUAUUAUUAUUAUUAUUUUGUUGGGAGCCGCACAGAGUGGCUGGGGAAACCCAGCCAGAGGGGUGGGGAAUAUUGUGUGUGUGUAUAUAAAAUGAUGCUUUCCACCCCCCCAAAUUAGCAGGCCGAUCUCUGAACGUUCUUCUGUAUGCGGAUGACGCCGCACUUCUUGCCAGAUCCCCUAUUGGACUGAGGAGAAUGUUGCAAGCUCUACAUGAAUACUGUGAUCAGCAUUGGACUGAGAAGAAUGUUGCAAGCUCUACAUGAAUACUGUGAUCAGCAUGAGCUCCAACCCAACUAUGCUAAGACCAAGAUCAUGGUCUUCUCUGCCCGACCGAGACUCCAUCGAUGGUCGAUGAACGGGAUCCCCCUAGAGCAGGUUAACUGCUUUAAACAUCUGGGACAAGUAAUACGGUCAAAUAGGUCUUUUCUGGCCCAUAGAGACGAUAUAACAACUAACGCAUCUAAAGCAGCCAUCCAGAUUAGAUCUCUAUAUGCUAAGAAUCAGGCUCAAUCAAUCAAGAUAGCUUUGAGACUCUUUCAAAUGAAAGUCCUCCCCUUCUUUUGGUGGGCAUCUCUUUAGGCUCCCGUAGGGAUUUUUGAAACUGGAUUCUAUCCAAACGCGAUUCCUUAGAGCCAUCCUUAGGAUUCCCCCCUCGGUAGCGGGUGCGGUUAUGAGAUUAGAGGUCGGCUGGCAAGCUCUAAGGUAUGUGGCCUUGAAGACGAAGCUCUGGCUAUGGCUCAAGCUUUGUUUUAAACCAGUGGGUAUUGCCCCCCUUGAUAUUGAGGGACGAUUUCCAAUCAUCGUGGGAAAGGGAGGUCAUUAAUGAGGUUCAAUCCUGCGGAUUGUCUCUCCUUUACUUUGAGUCCAUGACGUACAAUCAAGCUAGAGCUGUGAUCUCCCGGAGACUGAGUGACAUUGCCAGACAAGAGGACAUAGCCCAGGUAAAACCAGGGAUGUUCCUAGGGGACCAGAUUUAUCGGACCAUACCAGCCCCUACCUUGCAGAAAUCCACUAUGUGGAAUACCGUAGACUUCUUACAGCGGCUAGAUUAAAUGUCCUUGACUCUGCGAUAUUGUGGGGAAGGUACAGGGGAGUACCAUACGCCCAGAGAACCUGUCAUUGUGCCAUGGGUGUGGUUGAGUCCACCGAACACAUUCUCUUGACUUGCCCUUCCUAUGCAGAGCUUAGACAAAAUUUUAUAGACCCACUCUCAUGUCAAUUCAGCUUCCUACCCGGAGAAAACCAGGUUUUACACUUGCUGAAUAACACCACUAGAGCUAUACCUUCCUUGGUGGCCAAAUUUCUCUUCUUAGCUUUUAAGCGUCGCAAGACUAUAAUUGACUGUAUUGAUAUGGGGCUAUCUGUUUAGCCCAUUUCAGUGUUGGCUAAGUUUUAAAAUCUUCCUGGAUGUUUUUAACUGUGUAUUGACAAAAUGUACUUUUUUCUGACUGACGGUCGAAUAAAAAUGAUGAUGAUGAUAAAAUUUAGGCCAUCAUGUUUAAUGAUUUUUCUCAUUAAGUAUGCAGAAUGCUCAUUAAGCAUUUGCCGAAACUGGUCCUUCGGAAUAAUUCUAUGACGGUCUGUGAAAUGUGGUUGACUGCAACUUUUAAUGUUUGAGCAGAAGGCUUCAUAGCUCUUUAUAAGGCUUCAUAGCUCUUUAUACUACUUAUCUAUGUAACCAGCAGCAUGGAAUUUGGACUGUUGCAAAUGAGCCAUUUAGAGUUGUGGUUAUCCACAGCUGCUUUCCUAAAAAAGCCCCUCUUGAGCAACCUAUUCUUCCCACAACACUCUUUCAUAUUCCCCAUCCCCUUGUGCUUCUGGGCUCCAGCUGGCAUAAAGGUUGCCUUGGUGGUAAGUCUCUGCCUGCUGUUGUGAGUUUACUGUGCCAGUGUAUCUUGGGACUCUGAUGGGAGAGUGGGAUUUAAGAGUGAUCCUGUUCUGUCUGCUGGGCAUAAAUUCUGGGACAGGAUCAUGCUGAAACUGGUUUCCCAGAAUGCAGAAUCAGGCCUACGGUACACAAUGUAUCUCACAAGGCCUGCUGCUUUAGUGGCUUUGUGAAUAGAAGAAGUCUGGCUGCCAGCCUUCCCUCAUCUGUCUCAGGAUACGGGAGUGCAGGUGCUACAUCUGUGUUUUAUUAUUAUUAAAAAGCAGCACACAUUGGGUGGCUGGAAAGGGGUUAGUUUAAUCUGCAGUUUACUAGUAAAACUGAAUUACUAUGAUGUGAAAUGAUGCAUGUCUAAAAAGUGUGUCACCAACAUGAGGAGUUUGGAAAGCUCUGAUUUACCUGAUUUGACAAAUAGCCAUGAUUUGAGCACGACACGUUUCUUCAUUCUGUGGCCUCAGCAGCAGAAAUGGCAAUUCCAUCCUAAGUCUGGUAGAUAGCUUCCCAGACUGUGCAUAGUCCAUGAUGUCAUACACAAUCAUUGAUCUGGGAAAGUCAUGUAAAGACAGCCUUCUCCAGCAGUUAUGUCUGCCGCCGUAGUAUGCUGGAACCUCAUCCAUGAGAUUGCUAUACUAGACAGUCAUGAAAGAACAAUAUGUAUGAAAAAGUUGUACUAGGAUUCUCUGGUUAUCUUUUGUAAACUACCCCCUUUACUGCAAUUCUUCCAUUUUAUCAGCCAAGAAAAUGAAUCUAAAGGCUCCAAUUCUGUGAAGUAAGUCCCUCUAAAUGCAGUGGAACUUAACUUCUAACAUAUGUAGGGUUGCAUUGUAUAUUAUUACUGCUAACAUAAUAUUUUCUAUAGGAUCUGUUGCCUGGAUUGAUUAUUUAACUGAAUUUUACAAAUACACAAAUAUAAUUACAGUGUGUGUGUAAUAUGCUAUUGCCUUGCUCUUACUAGUGUUGUAUUUAAGUAGACUUUGGGGCUGUUCAGAUCUUCCUCCAAACCUCUUCCCAGGUGAGACUGAAAGCAGGUCUUGGUCUCAUUCAUUCCCUCCUCCAACCCUUCCCACGUGUUCGGUCUUUUUCAUUAUCAGAUUAAUUACAGUGGUACCUCAGGUUAAGUACUUAAUUUGUUCCGGAGGUCCGUACUUAACCUGAAACUGUUCUUAACCUGAAGCACCACUUUAGCUAAUGGGGCCUCCUGCUGCCGCUGGAGCACGAUUUCUGUUCUCAACCUGAAGCAAAGUUCUUAACCUGAAGCACUAUUUCUGGGCUAGCGGAGUCUGUAACCUGAAGCGUAUGUAACCUGAAGCGUAUGUAACCUGAGGUACCACUGUAAUUAAUUAUGGCAUAAGGGGUGGAGAACAUAAGCAUUGCUUACUUGUACGUGGUCUCUUAUUGUAGCCACAUCCAACUCCUCUGUUAUUCCGUAUUUCUUAUGCUGAAGUUCAUCCUGCAGCAUCUGAUUAUAAUACGUCCGGUAUCCCAUUAACUUGCAAGCAUCAACAGCCGCCUAUCAAUCAUAAGAAAAUAUAGAAAGAUCCUCAGUGUCACUGUAACUCUACCCUAAAUCGCCAUUCUGAAAUCCUCAUGCAUUCAAGACAAAGCUCAGCCUGAUUAUACCAUUAUAAUCAAAAGUGCAUCAAUUUUGUAUCUGAAAAUUUUAUAGGAGCUUGAUGAUGCAUUUUCUAAGGCACGGUUCAGAAGCUUAGUGGAAAAUAAUCUUAGUCUCAUGAAGGAAAUGUAUCUGCAUCCUGCUUUCCAUCAUGAGCUAAGUGUUACAUGCACCCACAUCAGUUUUUGAGAGGGAAGAACAGCAUGAAUAUGUUCUCCGUACAAAGUGUGUGCAUCAUACAGUAAGUUUAUAAUAUUCUUAAUAUUUUAUUAUACACCACUUACUAUGUGAAGUGCAGGGUACAAUUUCAAACAGUAAAUUCAAACACAAUGUGAAGAAGCAGGUAUUGAUGCAAUCUGUACACUAACUGUGAUGUCUUAGAACCAGUAACACUAAGAACUCAAAAAAUUCUAACGAAUCAUAGAAUUGUAGAGGUGAAGUGAUCCCAAGGGUCAUCUAGUCCAACCUCCUGCACUGCAGGAAUCUCAAGUAAAGCAUAUGUUAGAUAGCCAUCUAACCUUGGCUUAAAAACAUCCAAGGAAGGAGAGUCCACCACCUCCUGAGGGAGACUGUUCUACUGUCAAAACAGGUCUUAUGUCAGAAAGUCUUCUUGAUGUUUAGUCGGAAAAUCCUUUCUUUGAAUUUGAAGCCAUUGCUUCGAGUCCUACCCUCCAGAGCAGAAGAAAACAAGCUUGCUCAAUCUUCCAUUUGACAACUCAUUAGAUAUUUAAAGACAGCUAUCUUGUCUCCUCUCAGUCUCUAAUUUUCCAGGCUAAUCAUACCCAAUUCCCUCAACUGUUCCUCAUCAGGCUUGGUUUCUGGACCCUUGUUUUUGCUCUUGUUGGAAUUGUCUGCAUUUGUGCCUUCAAUAUUUCACCUUUAAGAAACUCCCAUCCAUCUUGGACUCCCUUCUCUUUAAGUAUUUCUGACUAUGGCAUUUCACUCAGUAGUUCCUUAAGAUUUCUGAAAUCAGCCUUCAAGUUCAGAGUGGGUAUCCAACUAUACUCAGCUUUUCCUUGCUUCUAUAUAAUGAAACCCAAGAGAACACGAUCAUUUCCUCCCAAGGUUCCCAGUACUUUGACUUCCUCACUGGCUAAAUUAGUAUCUCUGCUUGGCCUACUUAGGCCCAUGGGCUGAGAUUUCUGCGUUGCAGGGGGUUGGAAUUGUUGACCCUCAUGAUCCCUUCCAACUCUACAAUUCUGAUUCCUCACAGCUGGUGUAAAGUUAGCAUAAGUAAAGAAUGGUAGUGUUUUAAAUACAAAGAACUUAUUAUAGUAUCAAGUUUAAGUAACAGAUGAUACAGAACAUUUAAAAAAAAUAAUCCAAUAGGUUACCUCACUUGUUGCUGUUAUUACGCUUUUCCCAGUGAUGUAAUGGGUGUUUUGGUCUCUUGACUUGCAAAAUAUCUUGAACACAACGAAAGGGGGGAAGUCAGAUCCAGCUAAUCUGAAGGGAGGGGAAACACCAGAACUUAAUUACCUAUUGUUAUUAAACAGCUUAUUUAAUGUUUGGCAAUGGAAGUGACUGUUUUCACUUUAGUUCUAAUUUAAAUAAGAUGAUUGGCGAUGUUUUAAAAAUCCACCUGUGGUUUUAUUUAACAAAGACAAUCAAACGAAUUAUAUCCUUAAUCCCAAACACAUGUUAAGAGUAUGUUUUCUUGAAAGGUAUGGGAUUAGCUCCAAUCUGUAUGCAAAUUCAGGUCUAUGGGGUGGAUUUAACUAACCUGGUUCGCUAGUGGAAGCCCGGGCAAGGAUUCCCAGUAUUGCAAUGGGGCUUUCCCCUCCUCUUCCCCCAAAUCUGCUCUGGGUCAGUAGAACCCCCAGAAUAGUGCAUGAAGGAAGAAAUGGUUGCACUGAAAGAAAUGAAAUGCUUGCAUUGACAGAAUGAUCAAAUUAGCACCAUGUUGAAUUCUACCCUAUGUGUGUAAAAUGUUUUCCUUUCUGGAUCUCUAUCUGCUGGGAACAGAGAACACAUUUUGCCUCACUGGACUAGAAUUGAAUGUACAGUGCUAAACAUAUAGCUGACCAGUGUGUCUUGGCACAUCUUGGGAGGAAGAAGUGAAAAUAGAUCUCUUGCUGUCCUCUAUUAACAGCAGCUAUGCCAAUGCUAUCAAGUCAAUGGAAUUCUAUGGAUGGGACUCACGUGUGUUUAAGGCAACAAUCUAAGACAUAGUUAUAAGGAAAUAAGAUCAAAUGUAUAUGUUCAGUAAAAUCACUUGGUAAAGUCUCUAUCAUUUCAGACUAUAAGCUGUCUAAAUGCCUAUCUAUCUAUCUAUCUAUCUACCUACCUACCUACCUACCUACACCUCCUGCAUGUUGAAAAUCAGCUUAUCAAGCAGAAAGAUAUACUUAGGACUGCAGCCUUAGUUACUGUCAUCAGUAAAAAUAAGCCUGCUCACAUGGAGUCUAUAUUGGUGUUUUUUCGUAGUAAAGUAUCACUAUGAGAUGCUUAUGAUUCUUGUAUACUACUGUUCUUAUGAAGCUACUGCCACACAAAGUAGAAUAAUAUAUUUGUUCAUUUAUCAAUAGGAACAAUUCAUUCUCAAUUACUCUUCUUUGGAAGAAACUUACUCCAUUGGAAUCACCCCUACAUAGUAACAUUUAAAAGAUGAAGAAAGAGACCGUUAAAUUAAACAAAAUAUAUUAAACCAAGGCAUGGAAAUGUAGUACUUUUACCUGAAUCGAACUCUGCACGUAAGAGUAGGGUCUUUAAGAAGUUCAGCCUCCAAAGGACACACUCUUUUCAAAAUAUCAUGGGUAAUGCAGUACUCCUGAAAUAAAUAUAUGUUUUGCUCAGAGAGUUUUCAACAAGCUUUGUUUUAAAGCAGCAUUUAAAAUCUCUUUAUCUUGCAAUAAAUAAAUAAAUAAGUAUAUAUGAGACAAAACAAAAGAAAUAAGGCAUACUGAAGCAGUGAUAAUUAAAAAGAAAAAAGGAGGAACCCUCAGUGAGGAGGUUGGAAGUCAUAUGGAGAAAUUAAGAAUUUGUAAAUUAAGAAAAAGACUCAAACAAAAUAACUCUUUGUUAGGAAUUUAAGGAUUUGUAUAAAUAGGUUGGAAUGUAAUUUUUUUGUCGUGUGGAAAAUCAAGAAAAAGCAAAAAUAAAUCUCUACCUUGCUCUUCACUGUGAAUAACAAUUCUAGAGCAGAUAACAAUAAAAUGUACAUAUGAAGGUAAAAAAAAGUAAAGGACCCCUGGACGGUUAAGUCCAGUCAAAGGCAACUAUGGGGUUGCGGCGCUCAUUUCGCUUUCAGGCCGAGGGAGCCGGCGUUUGUCCACAGAGCUUUCCGGGGCAUGUGGCCAACAUGACUAAACUGCUUCAGGCGCAACGGAACACUAUAACGGAAACAAGAGUGCACGGAAAUGCAACAAUUUUAGAGUAAAGGUAGAAUAUAUUACAGUCACAACCCAGGUCAUGAGUAAAGGAAGAAGGAAGUAUCAGCAUGCUAUGGAAGGGCAGGACUCCAACUCUGAAGUGUUUUAAUUGACUUCAAUUUUGUAAUUUUAUAUUGUUGCAACUUGCCUGGUAUAACUGUUUUUAAACAAACAUCAAUAUACAGAAGUAGAAAUUAUUUUUAAGAAAAAUUCUAAGGACAACCCAUCUUGUAAACAGCAACUACUCCCCAAAACAAAAUAAGAAAUAAACUCAGUGACCACAGAAUGUUGAGAGUCUAUAUGGAUGGGAAUGGAAACUUGGAGGAUAAGGUAAUAGAAUGGAGUAUGCAGGAAGAAUGCAUGGCUAACUAGAACCCUAAAUAGGAACAUGGCACACUGCAACGCUCUGUCGAAGGCCCAUUUAUAUAGUCACCCUUUCAGUCUGAAAAAGAACAGGUGCCCGUCAACGUCUAACUUCAACUAGAAUGUUGAGGCACUGGCUAUUACAGGGUCUGCAGCAAACCAACACAUCUUCAGACAAAUUAGAAAAAAGUAACAGUUGGGUCAUUAUUUUGCUUAUUUGGCUUGAAAGGCAUGGAACACUGGGAGUAAUGAAGAGUAAUGAAGAUUGCUUGUGUGUGUACUUCUGGUUACAGGCUGGUCCCUGGAUAACCAGGUGGUAACAAUGGCCAGGAGUGCUUUUUAUCAACUUCAGUUUGUGCACCAACUUGUGCACAAUCUAGAGUAACUGGGGUUGGCCUCAUGCUUCAACCACAUACAGGGUAAUGUAAUGCACUCUAUAUUUAGUUGCUCUGAAGAUGGUUGGAAAACUUCAAACAAAUGCAUCUACUAUGGUUUUGACUCCAAUUAUAUUAUCUAAUAUAGUAGCCUUCUGCAUUGGUUACCAAUUUAUUUCUGGCCUCAAUUCACUGUGCUGGUUAGACCUUUAAAAUCUUAAACCAGUUGUGGCCCACUUCUGAGCUUCUUAAUGUGUAUUGUUUUACUUUCAGGAGCAAUAAUUAUUCCUGAUGGGGAAAUGGCCAAAAAUCAAUUCUUGCUCCUCAGUAAUUUAGGAUGCAGCAACUUUCUGGUGGGCCUUCCUCCUACACCACACAGCCCAGCCCCUUUGUGUUAGCAGAUUUCUACUUACUGCCAACGGUGACAGAGAGCAUGAAAGCAUUAUCCCUGGGUCCCUGCUGGCUUUGGAAUAUUUGUGUGUAUACUGUUGCAAGCAAAACAAAUAUAUUAAUGAUACCUUGAGGGAUACCCCUUGCAAGCCAGAGCUUGUUUCUAUUGCUCAAUGCAUCCAUACAAAGGGAAACCACUUAUUAAAUGACACAUUAAACUACAGGACUACAUCUAGUCAGCCCAAACCACAUGCAAGAGCAUACCGCUGCCCGAAUUGUAUGUUUCAUGAGUCUAUACAACCGUAGCCUUGUGUGACUCCACCAUGCCUUCUGAAUAGUUUUUGCUGCUGUGUCAGGAUGAGACCUGGUGGAAUAAAGUGAAAGUUACCAGACUAUGGUGACUGGAACUUAAAAUUAUUGCCAGAAAUCAAUUACCGUAUUUUUUGCCCUAUAGGACACACCGUCCCAUAAGGCGCACCUAGUUUUUUGGGGGAAAAAUAAAGGAAAUAAAUUUUAUUUUCCCCCCCAGGCGUGGGGCUGGGGCGGGGGAAGCCCGAGCUUCCCCCGAUCCCAGAACAGGCAACUCUCCGCAAGCCGUGGGAGCCCAGCGCCGGGCUCCCGUGCCUUGCGGAGAGCUGUGCAAAGCCUGGAGAGCAAGAGGGGUCAGUGCGCACCGACCCCUCUCGCUCUCCAGGCUUCAGCAAAAGCCUGCAUUCGCCCCAUAGGAUGCACACACGUUUCCCCUUCAUUUUUGGAAGGGAAAAAGUGCGUCCCAUGGGGCGAAAAAUACGGUACAUCCCCACAGGCCCAUACAGGGAGGAAGAGUGCACAGCUGGGUACACUUGUCCUGGACCUCAGAGAGCUAUGACAGCCAGGGUAGGUCCGCCAGGGGCCUGCCAAACUUAUGCUGUUUGAGUUUAUAACUUUACCCUAACAAAACCUUUACACCCCAGGCCUCAUACAAGCUCUGCCCCAGCCUGCACCCACAUGCUGGAAAGAGCUUCCCUGUUGCUUUCUGUUUUGCAGCUAUUACAGACACAAAGUUUCUGACAAUGUUUGAAACUCCCAUUGUCCUAGACGCAUUUUGAAAGAGGGAAUUUCAUUAGUGCAAGCAGUCUGAGCUUUGGGUGCAGUACUGCGCCUAAGAUUUCAGGUUGAACCUGCAGAGUGGAAGGAAAGGAAGACCUUUUUCUGCCUCCCCACUUCCAGCUACUCUCUGAAGGAUGGAGAAGAGACCCUCUUAAAAAUAUUAGGGGGGUGGGCAGGGGAAGGACUAGACCAAGUGAAAAAUGAACAUGAUUUAGCAGCAAUUCAUUCAUUUACAGUUUUGUAUUCUUGUUAUAAAAAAAGCACGCCGAAACAUUCUGUUUUUGCCCCCAUAACCUGGGUUUAAGGUGCCAUUUAGCUCCUAGCUGUCACAUCUCUGUUUCUAAUACAGUGGUACUUCGGGUUACAUACGCUUCGGGUUACAUACGCUUCGGGUUACAGACUCCGCUAACCCAGAAAUAGUACCUCAGGUUAAGAACUUUGCUUCAGGAUGAGAACAGAAAUCGAGCAGCAGCGGCGCAGCAGCAGCGGGAGGCCCCAUUAGCUAAAGUGGUGCUUCGGGUUAAGAACAGUUUCAGGUUAAGUACAGACCUCCGGAACAAAUUAAGUACGUAACCAGAGGUACCACUGUACUGGUUUCUGACCAUCAAAAAGGUGGCACCCUUCAACAUAAAUUAAACUGUGCUCUCCAGGCCAAUGUUUGUGAGCCAUAAAAGAACAUAUAUUUGUCAGAAAACUGCUCACAAAACAAGCUGUUUUAUUUGUUCAACCCUUGUUGUUUGGGGGCCAGAGUCCACACAGAUCCAUAUUCGUACUUAAAGACUGAUUAGGUUUUUCCAACUUGCACAAACUUUUCAAUGUGUUACGUUAUGUUCCCCCUGCAAACACGUCAGAAGCCGACCGUUUGGGACUUAAAUCCGUGGUAUGCUUAGACUAGGGAUCCAGCCAGCUAUACAGCUGCAAAUAAAACGUUUUAAGCGUGUUUCAAGUGCAAUAUACAACAUGACACAAGAUGGCAAUGGUGAGGCUUAUGGAAAGCUCAAUGUAUUUUUUAAAAAAGCAUUUUCAGAGAGGCUUUUACAUGUGUGUAAAUCGUUUUCUUUCUCGUUUCCUUAACAGUUGGGUGAGGCGGAAAUUCAGCACGUGGGGAAAGCUACAUUUACUGAGCGCCUGCCUCACAUGCGGAUGGUAAAAGCCCCCACACGAAACCCGCACGGCCACCUCCUUCUGCUCUAUCCUUAA